AUGCUUGGUUGGAUGCAAGAGCUUGCCCAGAGCGUGGAUAUGUCAGCGGCAGAGCGCAGCAUUCUGGAAUGCUUGAUCCAUCCAGCUCGCUUCCAGCCACGGUACAAUUCGACAAACUCCAUAGCCCAGAUGUUCCAGCUGAAUUGUGUGGAGCCGCUUCAGCUGCAGAUGCGGCAUUGUCUGGUGAAUGGUGUAGCAUGCUGCGUGUCGCUGGCAGAACCAAGAAGGCACCACUGCUGGGUGCACAUGAUGGAGCCUAACAAAUUGCGCGGCACUUUCGGCUUCGGGAGUACUUUCAAAACUGCCAUUGGCAGCGUGCACUACGACUGUGGCUGCGAGUUUCAAUAUGAUGGCACUUUGCGACUCGGAUCUUCCAACUCCAACGACCAUUGGCCUGCUCCAGCAGCAGUCACCAGCUACUUCCAGAGUUGGGGUUCCUUGUGCAUGCACUUCGUGUUCUCUGCAUCAGCCGACGAGAACCUUUUUGACAAAGUGCUUGCGACCCAUGCCAUCCACUCCCAGAACCAGACUUACCUGAAUGCCCAUGGGGACGAGAGGGCUGAUCGAACCGCAAAUUUCUGCUAUCAGCGAGUAGCUACAGCCUGGGCCUUCCUGCGAAACCAUCUUCAACUCGGUGCCGAGCAACUGCAGGUUUUGAUGAACCGGAUGCACGAGCGUGUUGCCGCUCAAUGUCGAGAUCUGCAGGAAUGUGCUUUCAAGUGCAUCUACAGAGAUGCUCAAUCGCAGAUUGCGGCCGAGACUGCCUUCUGCCACAUCUUCAACGAAGAGAGACGAUCACUGCCUGAAAUCAUGGAUAGCUUCCAGCAAGGCAAUAUCUCGAAGAUCGUGCAGUCCGUGCCCUGCAGGGCAACCUUUGCCGACUUCCAAAUGGCACUUUCGGAAGCAGUGAGUGAUGCUUCAGCACGUGUGGUGCUUCGGUACACCUCUGCUAGCCAAGACCUGGGUCUGGUAAGCCUCGCACCGUCCAUUCUGCGCUUUUACGCGUGGCUCCACAACGACUUUGCAGAAUUCAUCAGUGGCAAGGGUUGGUCCCUUGAGGAUGUUGCAAACGUGAGCAUUGGCCGAGCGGUGCAGGAGUGCUGCCGCCGCCGGGCGUCGGGCCAGUCCCAUGGCGAGCGUCUUUGCCGCGAGGCUCUGGAAUCCUGCGAAAAGUUUCACAAAGCAACACAUGGGCUGUUGCCUGUUGGCGGCUGCGAAGAGCAUGUUCGCAUGCCUGCACUGGAUCUUGACACUCCGCUCCUCGACGUCCUUUCCCUUCAUGGCACUCACGAUGACCAUGAUUUCCUUUUUCGAAUUUUGGACUACGUCCUUAAGGUGAGGGAGACCUACCUGGAUAGUUUGGAGUGCAUCUGCCAAGACAUGCAGGCUUGUCCAGCUUUGCAACAAGCUCUUGGGCUACGGGGAACGGCAGCACUGACUGCAAUCCUGAACACCGCCAAGCUGGAUCAAGAAUGCUCCUUUUGCAUCGAGAAUUUUGCCGACUUUGCUGUUGCCAGCUGCCUGGACCCUGUGAAUGAGGAGAAAGCCUCCUUCGAUUUUGAACUGUUAGCCCGCCACAUUUUGCUUGCCACUUGGAAUGGCAAAAGCAGCUUCACCCUGGACGGUGUUCGUGGAUGUGUGCGGCUGGCAGUCCAAGCUCAUGAUUCUUCCUUGACGCAGGGCAGAGACGCCAUGGAGAUGUUGCCGCCGAAAUUCCAGGAACCGCCUUCCGAUAGCCAGGCGUUGUCGUACUUGAAUGCAAGCCUACGAACACUGCGGCAUGCGGAUCUCUUGGCCGGCGAGCAAGAGUUCUCCUAUGCCGCGGAGAUCCUCAGCGAGUCCGACUUGACAGGGGCUGAGGACAUCCUGACAGGCCUCGGCUCUCUUGGCUUGCAGUUGCCUCAUGCGCUUACAGAGGCCUUGGUUGAACCGGUUUGUGUGUCCAGUGGUGCUCCGGCAAGUUCCUCCAGCACUCACACCAUGAGUGUGUCCAAGCAUGCAUGGAAGAUGAGGCAUGUUGCUGUGAUUUGGAGGGCGCUUCGCUCCAAGCUCGACAUCCGCGAUUUCACUUUUGUGCAGGUGCCAGAUGCUCUGCGGCGCUGCAGCAUCGAUCAUGAGACGUCCGAAGAGCUGGAUCAAGCGAUCCAACAACACUGUCCAAAGACGGAAGAGAUCGACUUAGCAUUGUCAGCGCUUCGCAGUCUGUUGAACAGGUUUCUGGACUUCAAGGAUCGUUCGAUGCGCCAGGUUGCAGAUUGGGCCGGGUGUGAAGUUUGCUUCUUGACGAGCCUUCCAAGCAAUCUGAAAGGUUACCACUACCGGGCGCUGUGCCUACGGCUGUGGGAGGCUCGCGAACGGUUGGCGGCCCAACCUGCUGGCGAGCCCAGUGCUGAGGUCUGGUGGGAGGGCCCCAUCGAGCCCGCAAACGCCUUUGCAAAGGGUGUGGACCGUGAUGACGAUUCCCAGAGCCAGGAGGUAGAUAUGUUGGAUGGGGACGUGCCGUCAACACAGGAGGAACGACACAACCCGGCCAUGGCCACUUGCACAGAGGGCCAGACGACGAGCUCAAAUGGUCACACGUGUCAGAACAAUAUCUUCACUUGGGGCGACGAGGAUGACGAGGCGUUGGAGCUAAAGGACACAGCAGCAGCAAUAAUUGGCCGCAGCGUGCGGGCCUGGCUGCUGCGCUUGCAGCAGCAGCGGCAUCAACAAUGUGCUGUGACGUGUGCAUACAACACUUGGCGAAUUGCAGCAGCAGCCGCCGGCAAGCUUCAAAGCGCUUGGCGGAAGCAUCGGCGAAUGCAGGCUUGUCACGCCCACGUCUCGGCUUCCUUCCGGCAUGCCAUUCCCGACAAACUGUGCGAGGUGGACUUGGGCCAGUCCGGCGCCAUUGUUUUGCAACGUGCGUGGAGGCGCAUGCUCGCCAGACGUCGAUGCGCAGCUGGCCUCGCACGACUGAGGCUGUUGAAGCUCUUCGUGAGAUGCUGGCUCCGAAAGAAGUUGCAGCUCGCUUUGAGCUGGACAUCUGCUCCCGCUCAUUUACUUCUUGGUGCACUCAGCUGGGCAGCAGUCCGUGAAGCAGGUGGUCCUGAGGAUGCGAAGCGCAUGAUGUGGAAAGUGUGCUAUGGUGCGUGUGAGCCAGGGUCCUUCAAGCUUAAACCUUUGCGAGUCCUGCCGAUCUCCUGCAAGCACUUUAUGUUGGGUGACUCCUCCUCAUAUUGUCUCGUUUCUCUUGAUGGGGAGGUUCAGCCAGAUAGUGGCCCUCAACAUGAAGCCCUGUGGAUAGUUCCAUUGUCCCAGGUAGUGUCGGUCACUGUCACCGUCCCGUCACGGAGACCUUGGGUACAGCGGAUGUACACCGAAGCUACGGUGAAGCAACUUGCAGCUCUGCUGCAGCGAGAUGGCGUGCUGGAUCCUCCAUUCGUGCUUGCCGAUGAGACCAUGCAGUUGGCAAAUCCCACCCUGCGGCUUGGUGACUUCAUGACAGAGAAUGGUGACGGCCUGCGUUUCCAUGCCUCAAGUCAUCCGAAGUGUUGGCACCUCCGGCAAUGGCGUCGGAGCUGUCAUCUAGCUCAUAGUGCCAGUCCCUCUGAGAUUGUGCAGGCCGCUUCGCGCCAUGACGCCGAAGAGGAGCUGGUGCUGUGGAGUCCUUCAGGUUUGUGGUCUGGCACCGUGCCUCUUCCAGAGGCAGAUGCUGCCAACUGCAGCCUCAAGCGUCGGAGGGAAAUCUGCCCACUGUCGCUGACGCUGUACAGUAACGAUUCGGUGCCGAUUUGGGCCUUGCGCAGCCGGAGGAUCCAAGAAGUGCUGUCGCAACUGGUGCUUUGUGCACCCUCGUGCGUGAAGUUGCCCAAGCCUGAGCAAUUGGCGCUGGUCCUGCGCACCGCCACAGGCGCCCAGAAGCUUGAGACCUGGGAUGCACUGCACCAUGGUGAGCCUUCGGACGGGGUCUCUGCAAUUUCCAUCGAGGUGCUGGUGCAGUCCAUGGUUCACAGCUUUGACGGGUCUUGCCUCGAAACGGUGCUGGUUGAACAGGACUGGACCGGAUUACACGUUCUUGAGAAGAUCGGAGCAGAUGCAGAGGAAUAUGAUCUGGCAGAUGCAGGCCUUGCCAUCCUGGCAAAGGACGCUCCUUUGCAUGCAUAUGCCGAUCGCAUUGGGGAUCUGCAUAUCACCAAAGCACAAGACGUCCAAGUCACGGUGGAUGUGCCAACGAUUGCGAGUACCGACGUCCUCACGUUCCCCAUGGCAGUUCAAGCCAACUUGGGGAAUGUAAGGGCAGCAUUGGAUGCCUACAUGCAAGGCAAACUGCCACAGAACCCGGCACUCGAGCAGCACAGACAUGUGCUUGCUGCUUUGGCCAGUUCCGGUAUGGUCGGCACUUCCCUCGUGCUUCUCUGGGAUGCGGGAAUCUCUUGCUGCCAGCAUGCUCAUGAAGCCGCAGCAUCUGAUACUCCCAUUCUAGAUCUACUAUCUGCCGAACCUGUUCUUGUGGAGGACACUAUGACGGAGGCUUUGAAGUUGAAGCUUGCGGCUCGGACCUCCUUGAGUGUUCUGAAGCUCGAGGACACUGGUUCUGCGGACUUGGCAUCUACUGACCUGCAAGAGCAAGGAUGCUUUUGGGUGGUGCCGCAUAGUUCCAUGUCCGGCUUGCGAAAGCAGCUGAUGGUCCUUCAGAGGGUCUUUGCAGCCGGGCUUCUGUGUGAAGCUGACGGUCCAGUCUUAGAUCCUGAGGAGUUGCUAGAGGAUGCGGUCGAUAUCAUCCAGUACAGCACAGACAUGCCUCAAGUGGGAUGCAAUUUGCGGCUGGCACCCUGCAUCGACCCAGUAUACCUGAAGCUCCAUGUUGGAACUUCGAGUCCAGAGGACGAUCACGAUCAUCACAAGCACUUGGUGUUCUCGGGGCAGGACACCGUCGAUGCCUUAGUGCGGGCAGCACGGUGGGUCCUGGACUGUGGGCCCAUUGCGGAGGUGACGGGGCUCAAAGCAGCGGAGACCUGGGACUCCAGCAUGCAGGAGCUGCGGGAGAUCACGGUGCGGGAUCUGGUGGAGGAUGUUGGUGAAGAUCGCAAGAUCUUGCUGAGGUUGCGAUUGGCUUCCAGUCCGGGAGACGUUGAGGAGCUGCUCAAGUUCACAGCGCUCUCUCCAAACGACGCGGGCCAGCUGGCACGAGCAUCACAGGAGCAUGAACAAGAUGAGGCUGCUACAGCAGGCUGGCAGGACAAUGCCAGCAAUGCUGCUGCUGGGGCCUGCGCCAUGAGCGUGUUCACUUGGAAAACGGAGGAUGUGCCAUCGAGCAUAGCCGGGCCAACCUCCAGCUCCUUAGGGUGGAUCAAAGUGGACGCCAAAAGAAAGCUCGGCACGGCAGGGGGCUAA